GCCCUCCUCAAAACAAUUUGGGAAUCUAUGGUUUGGUCUAUUUUCCGCCCAUUCUCGCCGAUCCUCCUUCGCCAAUUCUCUACCUCGCAAUCUCGGUCUGCUUCUGAGACAGGGACCGCGAGAGAGCGAGCGAGAACGAGAACGAGAGCGAGAGAUGCGACUGCUCAAUUACCGACAGACUGACGAAUGCAGGAUCGUUUGUCGCUGACCGAUUGAUUAGACGCAGACAGUAGCAGCAAUGGGAGGGUCCCCGAGCUCAGGACAGGCGAUCGAUGGGAAAUGCGGCGAACGAUUGCCCCGGAAUGUCUAUCGUUUGCAGAGAUUGUUUCUGGAGUUUUGACGCGGCCGAGCUUCGGUUGUGCGCGGGCACGUACGCACUUCAGGAGCUGAACGGAGGGAGCUUCGAGGUGUAGAAAGGAGUGGGGACAGGGGCGGGGCUUAGAGCAGCAGGGCGGAGCAGCUCACAUGGGAAUGAAGGGAGGCCGCUGCAGCAGCCAUAGAGGAGGGUCAGCAAGCAGGUGGUUAGUAGGGGUAGUGUGUUUGCUGCUUUCCAGUGUACAGAUUCAGCCUUCGAGGGCGCAAGCGAAUUCGGCGAAUGCGAUCGAGGAGCAGGCGCUGCAGCAGUUCAAAGCGGAGAACGGAAUCAAUUCCAAUGCCAUGCGAAGCUGGCAAGUAGGUCCCGGAGUGAACCACUGCACCGCGUGGAAGGGGGUGAAUUGCUGGAGCACGGGGAGCGUGCGAUGGCUGCGCUUGCCCGCGGCCGGCCUGUCGGGCGUGAUGUCCAUGGCUCUGGGCGGCCUGCCGCGGCUGAGCCGCUUGAAUCUGCGGGACAACGCUCUGACGGGCGCCAUCCCCCCGAGCCUCGUGGUGAUGACGAGCCUGAAGAAGCUCACGCUGCAGGGAAAUCAGCUCUCGGGCCCCAUUCCCGAUUUUCUGAGAAACUUCACCAAUCUCGACGAGCUCGGCCUGGCCAACAAUAUGUUCCAGGGCCCGUUCCCGACCAACAUGUUCGCCACCAUGCGGGAAUUGCAGAUUGUGGACAUGGGCAACAAUCGAAUCACGGGUCAGAUUCCCGACAACCUCGUCGACAUUCCGACGUUGCAGUCGCUCUCGCUGAGGGCCAAUAACCUCUCGGGGCCCAUCUCGCCAUUGCUGGCUUCGUCGCCGUCUCUCGUGACAGUGGAUCUGUCGCAAAACUCUUUGGUCGGCCCGCUGCCAUCGGUCUGGACCGUGUCCAACCUCACGUUCCUCGACCUCUCGUCCAACUUCCUGCAGGGCGAGAUCCCUCCGUCGCUCCUGAGCUUGGGCAACCUCACCUUGAACCUCGCGGGCAAUAACUUCUCGGGCAAAAUCAGCCAAUCCGUGGCAUGCAGCUUCGGCAACGCUGCAUUCAAGAACAAUCCGUUCCUCGUGGUCGACCUGUGCGCGUCGCCUUCGGCCGCCCCUGCCUUGAUGCCCCGGGCCUCGGACGACUCCGCGGCCGCGGCUCCUGCCCCGACCAAGAAGAAAAGCUCGAGCUCGCUGAGCACUCUAACCAUCGUCGCGCUGACAGCCGGCGACAUUGCGCUGCUGCUCAUGUCGGCCGCGGGAUUCACCUUCUUCUACAUGUGGUGGAAGAAGCGCGCGAAGAACGCCAAGUUCGACGGAGGCAAAGACGCCUGGUCCAAGGAGGAGAAGUCCUCGAGCUCCACCUUGAGAUCGGUCUACGGGAAAGAGCUGGGCCAAGCUGCCGAUCCGCACCGACCCACGUACCUGGUGGCGGCCCCGGCUCUGAGACCCGCGCUCAAGGCGUGCUCGGGAUCGAUGGCCGACCCCGCCAAGACCAGCACCGAGUACCUGGUGGCCUCGGAUCCGGACGCGAUGGGCGCCUGCGCCGAGAAGGAUUCGGCCGUCAGCUGUGAGGAGUUCGGCACAGAUCUCGUCAUCCUCGACAAGUUCCUCGUGCUCGAAAUCGAGGAGCUGCUGCGGGCGAACGCCAUGGUCCUGGGGGCCGGAACCUUCGGCGGCGUCUACAUGGCCGUCAUGGAAGACGGGCACAUGCUCGCCAUCAAGCGGCUCGAGGAGCAGGCGCUCAAGAACGAGCACGUCUUCGCCCGGCAGAUCCGAAAGCUCGCCGACGUCAAGCAUCCCAACCUCCUGCCCAUCCGCGCCUACUGCUGGUCUCCCACCGAGCGAUUGGUCAUCUGCGACUACAUGCCCAAUGGAAGUCUCUUCAGCCUCCUGCACGGCGAUAAGGAGCAGAGGCCGGCGAUCUUGAGCUGGGCGACGAGGCAUAAGAUCGCGCUGGAGACUGCGAGGGCGCUGGCGUACUUGCACGACAACGACAUGGUGCACGGGAAUGUGAAGGCCACGAACGUGCUGCUGGACGACAAGUUCGAAGUUCGAGUGGGGGAUUUCGGCCUCGAGUCGCUGCUCGAGGCGCCGCUGCAGCACACGUCGAGCGCCGGCUACUUGGCGCCCGAGCUCAUGACCAGCUCUCGGCGCAAGUCCGCCAAGGGCGACGUGUACAGCUUCGGCGUGCUCUUGCUCGAGUUGCUCACGGGGCUGGAGCCUCUCGGGAAGAACAAUAUGGAUCUGUCGACCUGGGUUCAGGAGAUGGUGAAAUCGCACCGAACCGAGGACGUGUUCGAUCCCUCGCUGGUGUCGUCUCAUGUUCUUCCGGCGCAAGACGUUUUGGAGCUUUUGGAUCUGGCCCAGGCGUGCGUGGCCGAGCAGCCCAACCGACGACCGACCAUCGAAGCUGUGCUGAGAAGCUUAGAGACGAUCGUGCCGAGCGGAGGAUUCCUGCCGGAUCCUGCCGUUUUGCCACAACAGAUGGGCCACGAUCUGUCGGUCGAGCAUGGGUAUGACUAUGGGCACGAAUACGUCGCCAACAUUCACAUGCACACUCGAGGUCCACGGGGAGCCGUGGACUCAUUGGAUCUGAGCCCUGCUCACAAUCACGGGGGCUACUAUUCUGAUGCCAGUUCUUCAUCGAUCUCUCCGCUGCAGGCUGGGUUUCCGAGCUCAUCCGGCCGGGCUUACGAUUGAUCCGAUGCGAGAUCGUUGUAAAGUGUUCCGUCUGACUUGCACACCUCACUCACAUCGACCUGCCUAGAGAGAAGUCUUCUCGCAAGGCUUGGCUGAUUGCUCUCGAAAGCGAGUCCUUGACGAUGAUGUCGAUGGUACUCACACACAUAAGGAGGCUCUCCAACUCGAGCAUUUCAGAGUCUGCUCUCCUUGAGUCGGCAUUAUCGAGCCAUAGAGAGAGAGAGAGAGAGAGAGAGAGAGAGUCUUCACGUCACGAAAUGCGGCACGGUACGUAGAACGAAGGCCAUGCUGAUCUGGGUUGGGGUGACGAAUUCUUGACCAGUUCACUUGACCGACCGCUCGAGCAUUGAAGCCUCGAUGGGGUCAUUAUGAGUCAUUCUGGUCACCUCUGCUUCUGCUGCCGAUGCGAAAUUUAAUCUCACGGGUUCGUAGAUUGUCAAGUUAGAAACCCCUCUUUAACAUCACCCCACAAAUAUGUAGGCCAGGACUUUUUCCUACUGAAAUUCUUUGUUAUAAGGCCCUUUCAACAUCAAGACGAAGUGUAAGGCCCUCUAGAGCUCCACAAUCCGUCAACUGGAUUCGACUGAUUAAUGAAGCUCGCUCACAAUCACAUACAAUUAUUCAAGCAAGUUCUGCCCGUCUUUGCUUGCAAGAAGUUUACUAUGUAUCUUUGCUUGGUUGAUGGGGGAGAAUACUUACUUCACAACUAUUUAUUGUAAUAACACCUAUAUGACUCGUGUGGUGCUUUUGAUCUU